AUGGCGACCACCAUCUCCUCUCUAGCGGCCACCCACUCCCUCCACCGCCGCUGCUGCCGGAGCAGCCCCUCCUCGCCCUCCACCCCCGCACGCGUCUCAUUCCGCGCCGCGCCGCCGGCUGCCCCGGCGGCGCGGGCGAGGCGCCGGGCUGCGGUGCAGGUGCUCGCCUCCUCCGCGGUGCUGGAGGCGCCCGAGGAGCUGGCCACGCGCAAGCUCUACGUGGGUAACAUCCCCAGGACCGUCACCAACGACGAGCUGGCAGCCUUGUUCGCCGAGCACGGCACCGUCGUGCGGGCCGAGGUUAUGUAUGACAAGUACAGUGGCCGGAGCAGGCGUUUCGGGUUUGUCACGAUGAGCACGGUGGAGGAGGCCAAUGCUGCCACCGAGGCCCUGAAUGAGACUGAGGUUGGAGGUAGAAAAAUUAAAGUGAAUGUGACAGAGAGCUUCUUGCCGAACAUUGAUCUGUCUGCACCAGAACCGGAGCCCGCGUUCGUUGACAGCCAGUACAAGGUUUAUGUUGGCAAUCUUGCAAAGACGGUGACCACAGAGGUGCUCAAGAACUUCUUCUCUGAAAAGGGGGAGGUCCUCAGUGCCACGGUAUCACGAGUUCCGGGGACUCCAAAGUCCAA